UGAAUACUCAAAACAGAAAGUCAACGUUAAAUCUUUCUGGACGUAAACAUAGACCCUUCACAAAUUCACAUGUGUCCGGGCAACACCUCCCGGCCCGCUGCACUCCCCAAACCUUGUCUCCUGACCGAGCACCCUUCCCCAACCACGCGUACCAUACAACCAACCCAUGCUCAAAUCCUUCCUCCAACUCAUCAAAACUCGAAGAGAUCUUAGGGAAGAAGAUCAUCCCUUAGCUCCAACUUCACCGAACGAGUGUUUACUGCAGUCCUUUGAAUGGCAUACCCGCUCUUCGGCAGAUGAUCCACACUGGAGCCAUCUGUCGUCGUUAAUGCCUACUCUGGCGGAGUUGGGGGUUACAUUGCUGCUGAUCCCUCCACCCACGAAAGCCGCGUACGAGAACUCGAAUGGAUACGACGUCUACGACCUCUGGGAUCUCGGGGAGUUCGAGCAGAAAGGACAGGUGGGGACGAAGUGGGGAACGAAAGUACAGCUGGAGGAGAUGUGCAGGAAAGCGAAGGAAGCGGGGAUUGGGAUUAUCGCUGACGCAGUUCUUGGACACAAGACUGGCGCGGAUGAGAAGGAGCGUGUGAAGCUCGUCAAAGUCGAUGACGAGAAUCGGCUGAAGGUGGUUGGUGAUGUUCGGGAUACAUAUGCCUGGGUUCGUUGGAAGUUCGAUGGUCGCGGCGAGAAGUACAGCCAAAUGGAAUGGGGUCCACAGCAUUUCACUGGUAUCGAAUGGGACGACGGAGCACAGGAGAACGGCAUCUUCCUCCUGAAUGGGAAACAGUGGUCAAAGAACGUCGACGCCAGGUUCGGGAACUACGAUUACCUCAUGUUUACCGACAUCGACCACACGCACCCCGAAGUCCACGCCGACCUCCUCGCCUGGGGACGCUGGAUCACAAAAGAACUAAAUCUGAAGGGUAUGCGUUUCGACGCCGUCCGCCAUUUCGAUUACGACUUCAUGCGACAGUUCCAGGAGCAUGUCGCCGCUACGACAUCCGGGUGGAUUUCGGUGGGAGAGUUCUAUGAUGGAGAUGUGAGGCUGUUGAAGGCGUAUUUGUCGCAUAUGACGCCGGGGUAUAAGUUGUUUGAUAUCCCACUACUGACGAACUUCGCUGCUGCGUCGGCGUCGUACUUGCCUUUGCCGCCUACGCCGCCGUCAUCGACUCCCGCUUCAACCAUCUCGACUGGGCGGGUACAGAACGUACGAUCCAAACCUUUCGACCUCCGCCGGAUCUUCAACGGCUCCCUUCUCGCCUCCCAUCCCACUCAGUCAGUGACUCUAGUCGCAAACCACGACACCCAACCCGGACAAGCCUGCGAAACCCCCAUAGCAGCCUGGUUCAAACCCCUCGCAUACGCCAUACUCCUCCUCCGCAACGACGGACUCCCAUGUGUUUUCUGGGGCGAUUUGUUCGGGAUCACCCAAGGCCCGGAGGUGGUGGACAAAGUGAAGGGAUUGGAGGUGUUGAUGAGGGCGAGGAAGGGGUGGGCUUAUGGGAGGCAAAUGGAUUAUUUCAUGGAUGGGGGGAGUCUUGCUUGGGUCCGAAUGGGAACGCAUGAUCGGCCUGGAUGUGCGGUGGUUCUGAGUGCGGUUGAGGGUGGUGCGAGGAGGAGCAUGUUUGUGGGGAAGAGGUGUGCGGGGGGGAGGUGGGUUGAUAUGAUGGGACUUGUGAAGCAAGAGGUCAGAAUUGAUAAGAAGGGCUACGGAGAGUUCUUGUGUGAGGGAAGGAGCGUGAGUGUGUGGAACAACGCUGAAUGAUGAUGGGUUUCAGACAUCGGAGCGAGCUUGGAAGGGCGGUGGAUGAGAGUCAGGAGGUUCGCGUGGAAGCAAUAUCAAAUAUACCCCAGAGACAGGACAGAGACACAUGAAUGGCAUAAAUAAAGGUAUACCUAGAUAUAAUGGAUAUAAGAUUAAACGCAUCCUCAGCUUUUGUCAAGCACUUAACGUCCCUUCACCUCAAGCGUUCCCUCCUUGCUCGCACUGA